GGGACUUUUCUCUCCAUGUAUUCAGUUGAAGUGAGCAGCAUCACAGGAGCAGGAUUCUUUAGAAAUAAACCUGAUGAGGACUGUAGGGAAUAUAAGUGGCUACACAAAAAUUACCAACAAGCCCUGACCGUAAUGUUUGCUAUAGAGGAGAUCAACAAGGACCCCAAUCUGUUGCCCAACAUCACGCUGGGCUUCCAUCUCUACAACACCUACCACAGUGAUGCAAGGACCUUGGAGAGUUCCCUGAGGUGGCUGUCUGGGCAGAGCCAGCUCAUCCCUAACUACAGCUGCUGGGAGCAGGACAAGCCUAUGGCUGUCAUUGGAGGAGCCACAUCAGCUCUGUCUGUCCAGAUGGGGACCCUGCUUGAUCUCUACCGAUAUUCACAGAUCAUCUAUGGGCCAUUUGAUUCCAUCCUGAGUGACAAGGUUCAAUUCCAUUCUCUUUUCCAGUUAGCCUCCAGAGACUCUUCUCUCCAUAAAGGUAUGGUCAGACUGAUGACUCAUUUUCAAUGGACAUGGGUAGCUCUGGUGACAGUAGAUGACCUGAGAGGUGAGGAAUUCCUUUCAAAACUGACAUUGGAGAUGGCAAAUCAUGGUGUCUGUGUGUCCUUCAUAGAGAAGAUCCCUGUCAGUGAGAGAAGACACGCAGCAUCCCAGGAGCCAUUUAUGCCCAGGAUCAUGGCAUCAAGCAGCAGAGUAAUUUUCAUUUAUGGUGACACAGAUUCUUUAAUGAUCUUGAGGUAUUCACAAUUUCCUUUUUUCCCAAAUUGGAAGGUUUGGAUCACAAGCAGUCACUGGGACAUCACCAUGAGACCCCAAUAUGUUGAUGGUUAUAAUUUCCAAGGGGCGCUUACAUUUUCCCACCUAACAAGUGAUGUUCCUGGUUUUGAGUCUUUUCUCAGGACAGUGAACCCUGUUAUAUAUCAAGAGGACAUUUUAUUGAGAGAAUUCUGGCACUCAGCCUUCAGGUGUAGAGAUGAAUUGGAAAAGCUGAAUCAAGAGGCAUGUUCAGCCAAUGCUUCCUUGGAGACUCUGCCUUUGCUUUACUUUGACAUGACAAUGUCUGACUUAAGUUACAACAUCUAUAAUGGUGUAUAUGCUGUAGCUUGGGCUGUUCAUGAAAUGUUUACGAUGACAUCAGAGAGAGGAUCCAUAACAGAGGGAGAAAACUCAAUGCCUUAUCCCUGGAAGCUCUACUCAUUUCUAAAGAAUCUCCAGUUUAACAACAGUGCUGGUGAACAGGUGUUCAUGGAUGAGAAUAAAAACCCUGAGGCUCAAUACAACAUUCUGAACUAUAUAACCUUCAGUCAGGAUACUGAAGCUCUGGUGAAAGUUGGACAGUAUAGCCCCCAGGCUGAGUCUGGUCAAGAUUUCAGUAUUGACGGGGAGACAAUAGUGUGGGGGUUUUUUGAUGCCAAGACUCCCUGUGCCACAUGCAGUGUGAGCUGUGGUCCUGGAUUUAGACAAACCCCUCUGGAGGGGGAGCCCAUCUGCUGUUUCAACUGUUCUCUGUGCCCGGAGGGCGAAAUCUCCAACCAAAUGAAUAUGAAGCAUUGUGUGAAGUGCCACGAAGAUGAGUAUCCAAAUGAGGAAAGAAAUCGAUGCCUCCCCAAGGUUGUGACUUUCUUGGAUGUUUCAGACCCAUUGGGUCUGCCUCUGAUCUGUGUGGCUCUUUCCUUCUCUUUAAUGACAGUUUUGGUUCUUUGGAUAUUUUUGAAGUUUCAAGACACCCCCAUAGUCAAAGCCAAUAACCGGGCUCUCAGCUACACUCUCCUCAUCUCCCUCAAUUUUUGUUUCCUCUGCUCCUUGCUCUUCAUUGGCCGUCCUUCAUCAGCCACCUGCCUCCUCAGACAAACAACAUUUGGGAUUGUGUUCACUGUAGCUGUGUCCUCCAUUUUGGCCAAAACCAUCAUGGUAGUCCUGGCUUUCAGGCUCACAACACCGGGGAGCAGGGGAAGAAUGUGGGUGCAAUCCAGAGUGUCCAACUGUGUUGUCAUUAUCUGUUCUGGGAUUCAAGUGAUUCUCUGUGGCAUCUGGUUGGGAAUUGCUCCUCCUUUCCCAGACAUAGAUACACACUCUGAACCAGAUCAGAUCAUCAUUGGUUGCAAUGAGGGUUCUGCCCUUGCCUUCUACUCUGUCCUGGGCUACAUGGGCUUCCUAGCCCUGUGCAGCUUCAUGGUGGCUUUCCUGGCCAGGAACCUCCCUGACACCUUCAAUGAGGCCAAGUUCAUCACCUUCAGCAUGUUGGUGUUCUGCAGUGUGUGGGUCUCCUUCCUCCCGACAUAUCAGAGCACGAAGGGGAAGGCCAUGGUGGUGGUGGAGAUCUUCUCCAUCCUGGCCUCCAGUGCUGGAAUAAUGAGCUGCAUCUUUAUUCCGAAGUGUUAUGUGAUCCUGCUGAAACCAGAUAGAAAUACCCAGGAAAGGAUAAAGAAUAAUGUAGAUCCCAGAGAGAGGAAUUAUUCUGGAUCAUUGACUGCUCAUUCCUAUCAGAAGUUUAAUCAGUUUUGA